GUUUUGCCGUAAAGUAACAGUAAUUGUCGUUCUUUAAGUCUGUCGUCAAAGGUCAUAACAAACCGGGCAGGUGCUGUUUUCUACUUAAAACUUCAUAUUAUUUCGCUAGAGGUACAGUUUGGUGCGCUUUCGAAUAUGGGAGGUGAUCACGUCCCCAGCAAGAUGUCUAUGCCAGACUGGCAGCAGUGGAAAGUGAAAGGAACACCGCUAGAGUUCACACAACAGAGGCUGGAAGCCAGGGGCCUGAAGGACCCAUGGUUACGUAAUGAGGCAUGGAGAUAUUCGGGUGGGUUCGCUCGACCUGUGACAAUAACAGAGGUGCUGUUCAGAGGAUUCAGGUGGGGUUUUGCUGCCUUUGCUGUUGCCCUGGCGAUAGAAUACUCCUUCUUCCCCCCAAAGAAAGGUGGCCACUGAUCUGGAACACUGACCGCACCACAAUGGAUUCUAAAAAUAUCACAUAUGUUCUGUUGAUUAAAUUUCUCUAUGAUCA